GGCCUUACUGGUCGCAAAACCUUUCAGAAAACUGUUGCGAAAUUCCUGAUUGCGAACUUGCCUGCCUGAAGGCGCGCCCGGAGGAGAGCAGAGCAGGAGACAGAGGAGGAGACCAAGGAGAUGCCGCUGGGCAAGUACUACUGCGACUACUGCGACAAGGAGUUCCAGGACACCGCCGCCGCCCGCAGGCGCCACCUCCAGGGCGCCCAGCACCACCGCGCCCGCGCCCUCUGGUACGACUCCGUCCGCCGCCAAGAGUCCCACGGCGGCGCAUCUCCCCUCCUCCAGCCCGACGGCGCUAUCCUCGGCCAGGGCGUCUGCAACCACUUCGUCCGCACGGGAACAUGCAAGUUUGGGGAUGCGUGCAGGUACUUCCAUCCGAAGCCACAUGCUGUGAACCCAGCAUUUGCUCCGUCUGGGCCUGUUCCAGGAGCAAUGGGGCAACAGUCUAAUUUUCUUGGAACUCAACCAAAUUUUGUUGGAUAUCAGGCGAUGGAAGGAAAUUCUUUCUCAGGGAACAUACUAAGGGGCCACACUUCUUGGGGCAACUUACCUCCAUCGCUGCAACCUCCCCCCGAAGGUGGCUAUCCUCCGCUUCCUUUUGUCGACUGGGGUUGAACUGUCACCUGUCUGAAAUGUUGAUCAUUUGGGAUGCUGUAUAUUUGACCGGCCAUUGAAAUGUGUGAAAGAAAUUUCACCAAUAACAAGUGCUUGCUUCCUGUAUUAAGAUAGAGUUUUAUUGGCAGUGAGAUAGUUCUGUUAUGUUGAACAUUUUGUACUAGGCAUGCAAGAAAUCAACCAACAUUUGUUCAGACACAAAAUACUUUAUCCUAGGCAGUGUAGGCAAGAACUACAUUGGAAGGCAGAGCCAGCCAUCUUCAUUCAAGAUUGACAGGCACUCCAUUUAUGAAUAUGAAGUGAUCGAUGAGAUCAGAUCGUCUGCAUCCAAGCUGAUUGGCGAUUGAUCCGGGGCCACUGCAAGCAGGCGACCAGCCACCGUUCUUCUUCCACAUCGUCGUCGUCGAGCCUACAUCCCUUGUUCUCCAACAGAGGGUUUGGGGAGAACAUCUUGGGCUGCUUCACCUCCUCUGGCACCUCCCUUGUGCCGAGAAGCCCCUCGUCGGCACCACGGACGAUGGCUUUCAGCAGCAGCAGGAGGGAAGCCAUCUAUAGAUUUUUGAGGACUGCUGCUGGCUGGUUACUUUGGAAUGAUGGUAGCAACAACGCUGAAGCCUCAGGUACAUAUAGCGAGCCAUGCACUCAGGUGCUCGUUUUUCUUACUGGUUUCAGGUGAAUUUGCAUUUCUUGCAAGACAUCUGUUUCGUGAGGGAGGAAUUCUUUUCCUCUUCUGUUCGAUCACAGAAAGCUUAUGAUAUGUGUUAUGGUUGCUGUGAUGUUUUGUUAGGCUGUAGGUGAGGCGUGGUUGGUACUGAUAUUUUGGAAAACACACUGCUAAUUCUCUUCACCCUGUCAAAUGUUU